AUGUCAUCACCUGUCCCUCGAAGAGCUACAAAGCGAGGCCGUUCGUCGGAUAUUGGCUCGUCUCCGCCUGCUCCAUCGUCCGAAGCUGGAGAUCUUCCGCCCUCUUCGCCACCCAUUCCAUUCUCCGACGUUGAUGAUGAGCUCGGUGGACUGGGAGACUAUCUUAACCUGGACGGGGGCGACGUACCUAUUGAAGAGGAAGACCAAGAGGGAGAGGACCUUUAUGGAGACAAUCUGAUGGACGAUUACGCGGUUGACGAAGCUCUGGACCGAUACGACGCUCGGGAUAUUGAUGAUGAUGAAGCGGAUGAACUGACUGCAGAACAGAGAAGGGCAGCCGAACGCGACAUGGCUUUGCGUGACAGACGCGAGGCACGACGGGGUCAAGGCGGUCGAGCAGCUCGUCGAAGCAAUGCUCCUGAUUUUCUACGAGAUGACGACGAAGAAAUGGAUGAUGACCUUAUGGACGGUGGUCUAUUGAGUGAUCUGACCAAGCGUCGUACAAGGCGUCAGUAUGAUGAGCGCCAGGGAAUUGACGAUGCUGCUGGUGGAGAUAUGGACGAAGUUUUACCAAUGCAAGAGCUCUCUCAAAUUAAGGCCGGCUCCAUUGUGGAAUGGCUUGCAGCGGAAUCAGUCCGACGUUCAGUUGCAAAGUUUUUUAAGCUUUUUUUGUUGGAAAUGACAGACGAACACGGCGACAGUGUCUAUGGACAGCGUAUUAUUCAAGCCGGUUCAAUGAACUCGGAGUCGUUGGAGGUCUCAUACGUCGAUCUACUUCAAAAAAUGCCCACUCUAGCUUGGUUCUUGGUCCUUGCACCAGCAGAAAUGCUGGCUAUCUUCGACCCUGUCGCCCUCGAGGUCAUGACCAUUUACUUCCCUGCUUACGAGCGUAUCCACUCCGAGAUACACGUUCGCAUUACCGAGCUACCUGCUUCCGCAACCCUACGAGAUCUUCGUAAUGCUCAGCUAAACGCGCUCGUGCGUGUUAGUGGAGUCGUAACCAGACGAAGUGGGGUCUUCCCGCAACUCAAGUAUGUCAAGUUUGAUUGCGGCAAGUGUGGAGGUGUCCUCGGACCGUUCUAUCAAGACACGACGAAGGAAGUUAAAGUCAGCUUUUGCCCUAAUUGUUCGAGCAAAGGUCCCUUUAUCGUCAAUUCAGAGCAAACAGUGUAUAGGAAUUACCAAAAGUUGACCCUACAAGAAUCUCCCGGUUCAGUUCCUGCUGGGCGCCUUCCUCGGCACCGUGAAGUAAUCUUGUUGUGGGACCUCAUCGACUCUGCCAAACCUGGAGAGGAAAUUGAGGUCACGGGUAUUUACCGAAAUAACUUUGACGCGUCUCUCAACGCGAAGAACGGUUUCCCUGUAUUUUCGACGGUCAUCGAGGCCAAUUAUAUCAACAAAAAGGAAGAUCUCUUCGCUGCAUAUCGACUCACCGAGCAAGACGAGCGAGAAAUCAGGGAGGCCGCACGACAACCCGACGUAGCACGACGGAUUAUUAAGUCAAUUGCUCCCUCUAUCUACGGUCAUGAGGACAUCAAAACCGCUAUCGCCUUGUCCCUAUUUGGAGGAGUUCCAAAGGAUGUUAAGCGCAAGCAUCGUAUUCGUGGGGAUAUCAAUGUCCUUAUGCUCGGUGACCCUGGUACUGCCAAGUCCCAGUUCCUCAAGUAUGUAGAAAAGACAGCCCACCGUUGUGUCUUUACUACUGGUCAAGGAGCGUCUGCAGUGGGUCUCACAGCUUCGGUUCGCAAAGAUCCGGUGACUCGCGAAUGGACACUCGAGGGUGGAGCAUUGGUGCUUGCAGACAAGGGGGUCUGCCUGAUCGACGAGUUCGACAAGAUGAAUGAUCACGAUCGAACAUCGAUCCACGAAGCAAUGGAACAACAGACUAUUUCUAUUUCGAAGGCUGGUAUCGUUACUACCUUGCAAGCUCGAUGUGCUAUCGUAGCUGCGGCAAAUCCUAUUCGUGGGCGUUAUAACCCCACGAUCCCCUUUCAACAAAACGUCGAGCUAACAGAACCUAUUUUGUCCCGCUUUGACGUUCUCUGUGUUGUCAAAGACAGCGUGGACCCUGUUGUGGACGAAAUGCUGGCUCGUUUUGUCAUCGGAAGUCAUGUUAGGAGUCACCCGAAUGCAUCUGGAGAUGAACAACAAGUUGCGCUUGCAACAGGGACAACUGUCGACCAAGAUGCUAUGCCGCAAGAUUUACUCCGCAAAUACAUCAUGUAUGCGCGAGAGAAAGUGAAGCCCAAACUCCACAAUAUGGAUCAAGAGAAGCUUUCCAAACUGUUCGCAGACCUGCGCAGGGAAUCGCUGGCAACUGGUUCUUUCCCUGUGACAGUACGUCUUUUGGAAAGUAUGAUCCGCAUGGCAGAAGCGAGUGCGAAAAUGCAUUUGCGUGAAUAUGUACGCUCCGAUGACAUUGAUAGGGCAAUUGCGGUUGCUGUAGGAAGCUUUAUUAGCGCACAAAAGACAAGCAUCAAGAGAUCACUGGAGCGUGGAUUCCGUAAAUACCUUACCAACUCGAGGGAUCACCAGGAGCUAUUGGCAUUCCUGUUGGGUCAAUUGGUAAAGGAUAAAACCAGGAUCUCACACCUUCAACAUAAAACCCCACCAACGGAGGUUACUAUACAAGUUACAGAACUUGAGGCUAGGGCUAAAGAGCAUGAUAUAUUUGAUCUGGCUCCCUUUUUACGCUCUCGGUUGUUCUCUGCCAAUGGCUAUAAGCACGCCAAUGGAAAUAUCACCAAGACAUUUACUCUGUCAGGCAACGUUUAG